ACUAAUCUUUCUCUCUGGGGAACAUCUAUCGACUCGCGAGCUCAUCGUCUCCUCUGUUGCGAUCUACCUGCUCUCUCUUUCUCUCUCUCACACAGCGCAAAGUGUAAAGCUUUUGGCGGGAAAAUGUCGGGUAAAGGAGCAAAGGGUCUGAUUAUGGGGAAACCCAGCGGUAACGAGAAAGACAAGGACAAGAAGAAACAACCCAUCACCCGUUCUGCUCGAGCUGGUCUUCAAUUCCCUGUAGGAAGGGUGCAUCGGCUGUUGAAGACUAGGUCCACUGCUCACGGAAGAGUCGGAGCAACUGCAGCUGUUUACACAGCGGCGAUACUUGAGUAUCUGACCGCAGAAGUCUUGGAGUUGGCUGGUAACGCGAGCAAGGACCUCAAGGUGAAACGUAUCUCCCCCAGGCACUUGCAGCUUGCGAUUCGUGGAGAUGAAGAGCUUGAUACUCUCAUCAAAGGAACUAUUGCUGGUGGUGGUGUCAUCCCUCACAUCCACAAGUCUCUCAUCAACAAAUCCGCCAAGGAAUAGAUCGUUUUUUACCGCUUUGCGAGAGAGUCUUGUGUUUGGUUAACAAGACUGGUAGAGUGCUCUUUGUUUAGGAUCUGUUUGUUAUUGUUCUACCAUCGGUUUACUUGGUCUAUCUUUAUGCAUAUGUAUUUGAUGAUUAUCUAAACCCUUUUGUGACUACUACCCUUUGGUUUAUUCCUAUCAAUGUAACAUAUUAAUUGCCGGACAGCUUGUAAGCAAAUUAAUACAUAUAAAAGAAUGCCAAAGCUCCAGUUUUUUUUUUUU